CUGUUUGGCAAGCAAAGAAGCAGUCAGCAGAGAAGUAGAGCGUCUAACAUGGAAGACAUAUGGAAGAGAGCGAAGCUCUUCGCUGAAGAAGCGACCAAAAAAUCCCAAACUCUGACCUCAUCCAACAAAAUCGCCGAUCUAGUCGCCGAGACCGCUAAGAAAUCCAAAGAACUCGCAUUGGAAGCUUCCAAGAAAGCUGAUCAACUAAAAGUCGCCGCCCUGAAGCAAGCCGAUCAGAUCCAAAUCAAGUCCAUUUCAGAUAUCAUCCCUCCGCAGCUCUCCUCUCUCUCGGUUCUGAAUUCUUCAUCAUCUUCUUCUUCGGCCUCUGCGGCUUCGGAUCCAGUGGAGCUUCAGAAGUUCGGAAUUACAGAAGAUUUGAGAGAUUUUGUCAAGGGAUUGACUUCUAGUACAUUUCAUAACUUUCCAAUUCAAGAUGAAGCUGAGGCGUCUGAUGUGCCGACUACGGCAUCGAAUGUACGGAAAGAUCUUAAUGAGUGGCAAGAGAGACAUGCCACUCUCGUCCUCUCUAAUGUUAAGCAAAUCUCAAAGCUAAGGUAUGAGUUAUGCCCACGUGUGAUGAAAGAAAGGAGAUUCUGGAGGAUCUAUUUUACACUUGUGAGCACUCAUGUUGCCCAGUAUGAAAAGCAGUAUAUGGAGGAGAUCAAGAGCAAAGCAGAAAAGCAGAAAAAAGAUGAAAAAUCAAAGCCAAGUGCUGUAUCUCAAGAGACUUCUAAUCCUGAGGUGACAGAAAAGAACCAGAAAAGCAGGACAUCAACUGCAUCAUCAGCUGAGCAGGACUUGGACACUUUUCUUCUGGGAGAUCUUGAAGACAGUGAUGGGGGUGCAGAUGAUGGUGAUGGCAGCUUUGAUGAUGAUUUUGACAAGAUUGACAAUUCUGAUAUUGAAGAUGAGGAACAUUCAAAGAAAGCAACUGAUGCUACUGUUUAGAUUUAAGGGAUUAUGGCGUAAAAAGAAGAAACUUGUUUUCACGUACGAUGGGAGAAGGGGAAGAGAAAAGGCAAGCGUUGGUCUACCUGGAAAAUUUACAACGGAGAAGCACAAAUUAAGUAGUUCGCAAAAAAUAUAAUUUUGGUAGGCAGUUCAUAAUAGAUGCCAUUUGCUAUCUUUCAUUGGUUUUAAUAUUUGGACAGCUAGAGGUUAUGAUAUCUGUUUGUUGAUUAAUUCAGGGAGGAUCAAAACCUUUGUUUGUCUUGUACAGAUUUCUUGGUCAAGUUGAUUCAAAAUUUCAGUUUAAUUUGCUAUUA